AUGCGGGCACGGUCGCUAUCCGAAGGGUCGCACUUUUUCUUGCAAAAGUGUGCGGCUUCCGGCAACACAGACGCCUGCUACAUUCUCGGCAUGAUUAAGUUCUACUGCCUUGGGGAUCAUCAGCACGGAGCCACGCUAUUGGCGAAGGCGGCUCUCGCGGCGCACCCGCACGCGCUGCACUCGCUCGCGAUCAUCCACUUCAACGGCAGCGGCGGCACGCGCCACGACCGCGACCUGGUGGCGGGGGUUCUGCUCUGCGCGCGCGCCGCGGCCGCGGGACACGUGGAGGCGCUGCGGGAGCUGGGGCACUGCCUGCAGGACGGGUACGGCGUGCAGCGGGACGUUCACGAGGGCCGCCGGAUGCUGCAGGAGGCGAACGUUCGCGAGGCGGCGCGCGCGCUUGCCUGCUCCGUGGCGGUGCCUCGGUGUGUUGCUCCGCUAGUAGUAGCCCCGCGGGGCGCUGCGUCGCAAUGCGGGACGAGCGGGACGUCUAAUUGCAGUGACGUGCAAGAUUCUCCUGCCGCUCUUCCAGUGGCUUCAGCUGGCGCUGGCUCUUUCGGUUCAAAUGAAAACUGUGCAGUGGGUGCGAAAGAGGGUAGCAUGAAGGGCGAGGUGCACGUUCCGAGACCUCAUGUGCUGAUGCGUGCUGCUGCAAUUCCAAGCACGUUUGCACGCCAGCACGCGUGUAGCACGGGUUCCUGGAGCCAAGGUCGGAGCAGUGAUGCACCUGGCGUGUCUGGCGCAUCGCUCCAAGGGGAGGUCGUACCCCACCGUGCCUCCUCGGGUUCGAGAGUCGACUUGAGCGUGCUGCAGAACCUCCAAAGCGGCGAGAACGUGGCGAGAGAAAGCGUAACGCACGCACUCGAGGCAGGGGGGAGGGAGAGAUCCGAGGGUGAUGGGCAGUUUCCUCUGCAGCAGUCUGGGUUGCAGCAGCCGCAGAAUCACCAGUUAGAUCGCCAGUCCCAGCAAGCACAUCUGUCUAGCAUCCAGCACUCCGAAGCACAAGUACUUGGACGUGUUACCCAAGCCCCUGUUGGUGCAGAUGCGAGUGAAGCUUUGCCCCACGCAGAGAGGCCUCCUGUGGCGAUGUGCACGGGGUCCAGUGGGCCCCACCGCUGCUGCUGCCUGCCACAUGUCACCCUGCCGCCCUCCUGGUGGCAUGUCGCCGUGCAUAAAUUCCUGGUGGACUGGCAUGCGCUCGUGCCGCUCCCUGAGGGAUUCAGAGUGUGCUGCAACGAGCUGUGCGGGAGAUCGGAGACGAGGAAACAGGAGUUCCGGUGCUGCUCCGCGUGUGGGGAGGCUAAGUAUUGCAGCCGUGUGUGCCAGGCAGUGGACUGGAAGGCCCGGCAUAAGGUGGUGUGUCCGCUUAUUGCUGCUAGGGUGCAGCAGGAGCAGGAAGUAGCUGCACGCGUGGAUUUGCUCAGACAGGAAGCGCAGGGCCAGCAGCAAGAGGCUCAGCAUCAGCCUCAGCAACAUGAUUUUCAGGUGCAAUCGGAGCAACAGCAGGAAGCGGAUCAACAUCAGCGGCAGCAGCGGCAGCAGCAGCAGCAGCAGCAGCAGCAGCAGCAGCAGCAGGUGCUGCAGCAAGUGAAUAGUGUCCAUGGUGAUCAGCAGGAAGUACAUUAG